GAUUUAUGAACUUCUGCGUCAACAUAUUACACAAACCUGUCCAGGGAAAGGAGUUUUGAUUGAUGGGCCUAGGAAAUGUUAGAUGUUAGAGUCAGAAUUAGGAUGACUUUGGCACUGCAGUUGACCCUGAUCCUAGUGUUCACACAGUCGCAAUCUAUGUGCAUAGAAGAAGGAAAGCAGUCACCUGCUUUCUGCUCCUGUUGCUCCCCCCUCCUUUUCGUGAAAUGCCUCCUUUCCUCUUUGAGGAAAAAUCUACCCACUGCAAAGCCAGUGUGUUUGGCAUGGGGUCAUAUUUCAUCAGCUUCCCACCCUCCAUGAGAAUUGGGAGAAAGCCAGCCCAGUUUGAAACUUCACUCCUCCCUUGGCUCCCUCCAUCCUUCCUAGUUAUCCAAAACUGCAAGGAGUUUCUCACUGGGAACAACUUCACGCUCCCUUGCUGUUAAGAAGAACUUGGAAAAACCUGGAAUAAAGGCACAAAGAAGGAUUUAUUUCUCCCUUCUUUAAAUGAUCUGGUCCUUCUCUUUCAUCUAUGGCCUCUGGAAAGAAACAGUGAGUGGCCAAGCUGAGGUCUUAUCCCUGAAGCCACUGUCGAUUGAGUGUCCCGGCCAUGGAUGACAAGACACAAGGGUUGAACUUGUCUGUGACGCUGGCUGGCCCCACUGCAUCCAAUGCUUCUCUCCUCCUUUCUGAUGACCGGGAUGUAGCCCUGGCCCAAGCGGAGAUUGCCAUCUUGGCCUCCAUCUUCCUGCUAGCCACGCUGAGCAAUGGACUGGUGCUGGGAGCCUUGUUCCUCCGGGGCCACAGGGCUGCUCCCACCCCAAUGCACCGCUUCAUCCUCCACCUCUGCCUGGCCGACCUGACUGUGGCCCUCUUCCAGGUUCUCCCGCAGCUCAUCUGGGACAUUACAGACCGCUUCCAGGGCCCUGACAUCCUGUGCCGUGCCAUCACGUAUCUGCAAGUGGUUGGCAUGUUCGCCUCAUCCUAUGUCAUUGUGGCCAUGACGUAUGACCGACACCGAGCCAUUUGCCAGCCCAUGCUGGUUUUCCGGAGGGGCCCGGGCACUUGGUACCGGCCGGUGAUGGUGGCCUGGACUGCUUCCUUUCUCUUCAGCCUUCCUCAGCUCUUCAUUUUCUCCAAAGUGGAACUGCCCAGCGGGGCUCACGAGUGCUGGGCCACCUUUGCUGAGCCCUGGGGUGCCCGAGCCUAUGUUACGUGGGUAACCCUGAUGGUCUUCAUCCUGCCCACUGUCUUCAUUGCCACUUGCCAGGGCAUGAUCUUCCACGAGGUCCACCGCAGCCUUCAUCUGGGGCCGGAAGGAGCGCUGAAGGGCAGGGGAAGUCUGCGUGGGUCUUCCCCCAUAUCGUGUGCUUUGACCAAGACUCUGAAGAUGACAUUAGUCAUUGUGCUGACCUAUGUCUUCUGCUGGGCCCCUUUCUUCCUCGUCCAGCUAUGGUCGGUGUGGGAUCCAGAAGCACCCAUUGAUGGUCCAGCGUUCACCCUCCUGAUGCUCGUCGCCAGCCUCAACAGCUGCACCAACCCUUGGGUCUAUGCCGCAUUCAGCAGCAGCAUCUCAAAUGAACUCUGCCGAAUCUUCUGCCCCAGGCUCGCCCGCCAGCGCAUGGGAUCCUUGCGUGAAGACUCUGUCCUCACGGCUUCCUUCUCUCUGGGACGGGACACCCUCUCCUGAAACCACAGCAGGCGGGAUUUGGAAGGAAAGUGGAGACACAAGAAAGCCCUAUAGACUUUCCUUUUGAGCAAAAGGUGCACCGCAAUGGGAGAACUCACCAGGAAACUGUUUGAAGGUGUUGUGCCACUUAGGACAACUUUGUUGCUGUGUGCCUUCUGAUUUAUGGUGGCCCUAAGGCAAGGCUAUCAGAGUCUGAGAAAGCAUGAUCUGCCCAGGUUCAUCCAGUGUGUUUUCAUAGCUGAUCUGGGAUUUGAACCCUGAUCUCCAGUUGUAGUACAACACACAAACUACCACACUAUGGCAGGAGGUUGGACUAGAUGGCCCAUAACAUGAUUCUAUGUUAGGUGACUCAAAAUUAAAGAACUUUUAGUGAAUUGCUGAAACCUUGCCUUUGAGUUAGGGUAUGAUCUGGGCUUAGGAACUAGUUACACUUUCCAACACUUUUACCAUUACCCCAAUCUUGCUGAUUCACUCAUUGCUAACAAAUUACUGUAUAUACUCGAGUAUAAGCCUAGUUUUUCAGCCCUUUUUUAGAGCUGAAAAAGCUCCCCUUGGCUUAUACUCAAGUGAGGGUCCUGGCCGGCUUCUAUUGAGGUCAGCUUAUACUUGAGUAUAUAGGUAUUCAGAGUUGGACAGUCUUAUCUUAUUAAAGUCUUAUUAUUAUUAUCUUAAAUUACAGUUUUAUAUAAAUAUUCAAAAACAUUUAAUUACUGAUGCCUCAAAUAAUGCAAUUUUAUUAAUAUCUAUUUUAUUUUUGAAAUUGACCUCUAGCUGCUGCAUUUCCCACCCUCGUCUUAUACUCGAAUCAAUAAGUUUUCCCAGUUUUUGUGGUAAAAUUAGGUUCCUCA